CCGGGAGCCCGGUCGAGAUGGAGGAAGAUGCGACCGGAGGCCAUCAGUCGCCAGAAACAGAGGAUAAAAUGGGACCUGCAGCCUAGAGGUCCGCACUUGGAGUUCACCUCAGACGCGGCGGAACCACCCUGAUCUGAGAAGUAGAAACGGACACAUGACCUUGGGACCCUGGAUGACAAACACCCACUUCGUUUUUCAAUGAUACAGUGAUCCCCUUCUUUUGAAGGGCCUCGAAGGAGAAGAUUGCUCCACUGGACUUGUCCCCAGGUCUCCAGGCACAAUGGAGGACAAACGUAACAUCCAGAUCAUCGAGUGGGAACACCUGGACAAGAAGAAGUUCUAUGUGUUUGGUGUGGCGAUGACAAUGAUGAUCCGCGUCAGCGUCUACCCAUUCACCCUCAUCCGCACUCGGUUGCAGGUUCAGAAAGGCAGGAGCCUCUACCAUGGGACCUUUGACGCCUUCAUCAAGAUCCUACGGGCGGAUGGUGUGACUGGUCUCUACCGGGGGUUCCUGGUCAACACCUUCACCCUCAUAUCUGGCCAGUGCUAUGUCACCACUUACGAGCUCACCCGGAAGUUCGUAGCUGACUACAGCCAGAGCAACACAGUCAAAUCACUGGUGGCCGGUGGCUCGGCCUCCCUCGUGGCCCAGAGCAUCACGGUGCCCAUUGAUGUGGUCUCCCAGCACCUGAUGAUGCAGCGCAAGGGUGAGAAAAUGGGCCGCUUCCAAGUGCGAGGGAAUCCAGAGGGACAAGGGGUAGUUGCCUUUGGCCAAACCAAGGACAUCAUCAGGCAGAUCCUGCGGGCUGAUGGACUUCGUGGCUUCUACCGAGGCUACGUGGCUUCACUGCUUACUUACAUCCCAAACAGUGCUGUCUGGUGGCCCUUCUACCACUUCUAUGCAGCAUAUGGGUUUGGACCUGUACCCCCUGCAUUGGAAGCACGGCAUCUUAACCACUGGACCUCCAGGGAAGUCCCAAGAGAUGACAUUUUUUGAGGGUCUUAAUAAACAUACCGCCAGAUUUCCUUCUGAAAGGGCAAAGCACAUUGCCAAGAGCAGGACCUGUAUGUGCUUGCUAUCCUGAAAUAUCCACAGCGUUGGGCAACUCCCAAACUCCAGUCAGGGUAACCUGCACUUGCACCCUAGCUUGUCCCUGCCACUGGCUCCUAAGCUUUGGCACUAGGCAUUCUGUUCCAUACCGCCUGCAAUUUUUCUGAGCAAGUUUUGCAAUGACUUCCUAACUUAUAAUCACUUGGUUUCUAUUGUACCAUACUUUUCUGAUCCUAUUAUAUUUCUAAGUACUUUUUUUGGUAACUUUGUCUCUUUCUUUUGUUUUAACAGUCUUUCAUCUAGAGUAUUUGGUAAAAUUCAAAUACCUGGAUACCACCUUGACUCUUUGUAUCAGAUUCUUUAGGAACAGAUGCUGCUAAUCUUAAUGUUAGAGAAACAUCCUAGGAAAAAUUUUCUCUGGAGUCUAUGUUCACCCCUGUCUCCUCAUUUGACUUCAUCUAUAAUUAGGGUUGUCCUUUUCUAAUAUGUCCAAAAUCUCUAUUUCUUUUCCCAAGCUAACCUGUCCAGAACUGACAGAUAUUCUGACUGUUGGACCUUUCAACUUGAAGGCAUGCGCACACAUCUGAAAUUUUACUCAACUAUGACAUUUUUCAUCCCAGGCUUUUUCUUCUGACUUACUUUCAGGUGUCAGUGGCCAGGUUAUUCUACAGAUCACUGAGACUGCGGCUUCGCGCAUGGCGCGUGGCCCCUGCCUCUUCCUUGUCCCCACUGACAUUUAUUGAGCCCUCACUGUGUGCCAAGCUCUGUGACACUGUGUCUCAGGGUCUGAUGAAUUGUAAGUGUUCAGUAAAUAUUUCUUGAGCAAGUAGAUUGGUUCUUGUCAUUCCGUUUUGCUAAAGUCUACCAAUGCUUCCUUAUGGGUAUUUAGAAUAAAAUCUAAUGCUUCUCUGUGAAGUAAUUAGCCUCCAACUAAUAAAAAAAAAAUGAAAUAAAAUAAAACGUUGGGAAAAAAGCCAAAAAAAAAAAAAAAAAAAUCUGAUGCUUCUCACAGUCACCACAGGUCUAUGUGACCUGGUCCCUGUCUCCUUCUCCACCUCUGUCUCGUGCUCCUCUCCCCUUUCUCACUCUGGUCCAUCCUCACUGCCCUUCGCUCAGUUCCUGAGAUACAUCAAGCUCUGUUGUCACUUCCUAGCCUUUGCAGAUACUGUUCUUUCUGCCUGCAGUACCCUUCCCCAUUUUCUUUAUGUGGCUGGGUCCUUCUCUCGCCUCAGGCAUCGGCAUACAUGCUACCUUUACCCAACUGGAAAGAGGGCGCUUCCUGUUUUCUUUUUCAGCACCUCUCCUUUAGAGCACUUAUCAUAAUUUGCAAUUGUUUUAUCCCUAGCUCCCACGCAGCUCCUUAAUUAGGUUGUAAGUUCCAUGAAGUUACUUCUCUGCCCAUUUUUCUAUUUUAUGCCUAGUGCUUUCACAGUGGCUGGCAUAUAGUAAAUAUUAAAUAAAUACUCAUUUAUAUUACUUGCCCAAAGUCAUUUAGCCAGGAAGGACUUAAACCAACUCAGCCUAGGUUUGUCUUCUGCUUUGCAGAUAAUAGAUGCCCAGUAAACAUUUGUUGAGUGAAUAAUGGAGAAGAAAGACUUGGAUCUCUUUCUCCCACCCUCUUGCCUUUGUUUUUUGAUCCUCUUCCUAAACCCCAGGAAAAUGGCAUAUGUGCGUGAUUAGAAUUGGAAUCUGAAUCCCACUGCAGCUUGUUGGCUUGGAUGCCGAUGCAGACAGGCCCAAGGAAGGUUUCAGUGGCAGUCCAGAUGCUACCUUCUGAUGCUUGUGAAAUGUUUUCUUCUCUGGAGAGCAAGACACCCUUGAGGCACAAGUGCCAGUUCACUUUGUUUCUGUUUGUAUACUGACCCUGGGGAAGAAAGUGAUUAGAAAUCAGGGGAGAGGUGAUUCUGGUAGGGCUUAAGGAAUUCUGUCAUGCCGCUGGGUCUUGGAAGCCUUCACUUCUGCCCUGCCAACCUCUACCCUCCUACUUGUUCUCUAAUCUUUAUUUGCCUGCCCAUAAAUUACCAAAACUAGGAGCAUGAGAAAAAAGUUAUUAUUUUUAAUGUGAAGUAUACUUAAUAUUUGUUGGAAGGACUGAUGCUGAAGCUGAAACUCCAAUACUUUGGCCACCUGAUGUGAAGAACUGACUCAUUGGAAAAGACCCUGAUGCUGGGAAAGAUUGAGGCUGAGAGGAGAAGGGGAUGACAGAGGAUGAGGUGGUUGGAUGGCAUCACCGACUCAGUGGACAUGAGUUUGAGUAGACUCCAGGAGUUGGUGAUGGACAGGGAGGCCUGGUGUACUGUAGUCCAUGGGGUCGCAAAGAGUCCAUGGGAUUGCAAAGAGUCGGACGCAACAGAGUGACUGAACUGAAACUGAUAGUUAAUAUGUAAUAUUGUAUAAAUUACAGGGGUACAAUAUAGUGACACAAUUUUUAAAGGUUAUACUCCAUUUGUAGUUAUUAUAAAAUAUUUGUUAUAUUCCCUGUGUUAUAUAAUAUAUCCCUGUAGCUAUUUUAUACCCAAUAGCUUGUACCUUUUAAUCCCCUACCUCUAUAAUGCCCCCCCCCCCAAGAAAAGAAUUCUUAAAGGUGUUAUGGUGACUGAAUUGUAGAGGGAAAACUGAGAGGGAUCCUUAGAGAUGACAGAUCUAUUUGACACUCAGUCUCACUCAGAGUAAAAGCCAAAGUCCAUGCAAUGGCUUCAAGGCCCUAAAUGACUUACCUCUCAGACCUCAUCUGCUCUUCUUCCCCUCACUCAUCCAGACAUAUUGGCCUUGCUGCCCCUUGAAGAUCUCAGGCAUACUCAUGCCUCAGGGCCUUUGCAUAGGAUGUUACCUCUGCUGGGAAAGUUCUUUCCACAGAUCGAUAAGGCUUACACUCUCCUUUAACUCUUUGCUUAAACUUCACUUUCUACCCUUGGCAUUCUUACCUCCUUUUCCUGCUUUAUUUUUAUCUAUACCUAAAAACAUACAUAUUUUUAUAUGUAUAUAAAAUAUACAAAUAAAAGUAUAUUUUAGCAUACAUCACCUUCUGAUAUAUUUUAUUUUUUAUUUAUUGUCUGUUUUCCUCCACUAGAGUGUAAAUUUCAUAAGGGCAGGGAUUUGAAGCUUUUUUUUUUAAACAUUACAAUUUGGAUUUAUAAAAGUUGGCAAAAAAAACCACCCUGAAAUACACACUAAUUAAAUUAGCUUUGUUUGGUGAGGUAAAAGUUCUUUUUCCUUCUAUUGUCACUUUCUUCCUCAAUAUUGUAAGGUUGUUAUAUUGUUAUGUCUUGUAAUAUUAUUGUUGUAUUGUUAUAUUGUUACAUGAUAUAAUAUUGUAAUAUUAUAUAUUGUUAUUGUUAUAUAUUGUAAUAUGUUGUUAUAGUAUUGUUAAUCUGAUACAUUUUAAUAUUCCUAUACAUAUCCCAGUUUAACUAGACAAAAAUUUGGACCUCUGAUCUCACCCUUCAGGAUCUGGGGAUCUGGGUGGCCCUUCCCGGGGCAGGUCUGUCCCAGGAGCAGCUGGAGGCAGGCUCCCCAAUGGCAAGCAUUGACAGCAACUUUACUUUUCUCAUUAAUGUACAAUGAGAGAGAAAUGAAGUUGCUGAGAUAAGUGGGGACAGGUCACAUCACACUCUUCUUGGAGCGUUGAGAAAGAUGGCCAGUUGGGGAGAGGUCUCAGUCACCCUUGUGACUUCCCUGUAGUCUCAGAUGCUGGCUUGAGGCUCUUCUGUUCAGUGUUAUGUCCUUAGAACCCAAGCUGGCUGGCUCAUGGUAGUCACUCAGUGAGUAUUUGUUGAAUAAAUGAACAGACUCUCAUCUCUCACCUCCAGAGAGGGGAAAAGCGAAAGAAUUCAAUUGCAGGUGAACUUCCCAGCGACAGUGGGGUUGGGUGAAUCAGGUGUUAUUUCAUCUGCUUCAUCACCAUUUUGAAAAAUGAAUUUUCCUUCCUUGAUGAAGGCUGAAGAAAAGUUUUCACUGUAGGAUAUGAUUUUCUCUUUUAAUUGUAAUUGUUUUUUAUUUUUAAAAAUAUUCACAUGGUUUGAAAUUCAAAAGGUAGGAAAAGGUAUGCAGUGAAAACACUCCUCUACCAUAGUCACCCAGCUCCCUUCCUUGAAGACAAUCAGUGUUACCAAUUGUUAAUGUAUUUUACCAGUUAUCCAGUGCACAUAUAAGAAAAUAUGUAGCGUGUGCUUUUUUAGCCUGUGUGUUGGGGGAAGUAGAGUAUCGGCAUAAGAGUUUUAUAUCAGGAAGGAUUUCUGUCCAGCAGAUGAAAGGAGUCAGCAAGCAAAGAGAUUUUGAAAUCCUCUUCUCCAGAGGAAUUUUUGUCCUGUUCAGAUUGACCUCUAGAAGGGGCCUGAGAUUUAUAAAUUUUUGUUGGUUCUGAUGGAUGUAAAGAAAAGAAAAGACAGGAUGGAAGUUACAGGGUCUAAGGCAGCUAAGGAUGGAAAUUUUGUCAUCGUUGGGCCAACUGGUAGAAGCAGCGUGGGGCACGUGGGCUGGUACCUCACAUCUUGAGGCACUGUCUUUCCCUCGA